GAUGGGGUGGGUGCUGCUGGGCGUGGGGGUGCUGCUGGCGCUGUACACGCUGCUCCGGCACGGGCUGAGCGGCGCCCCGCGGCCCCGCUGCCGCCCCGAGCUGCGCGGCCGCACCGCCAUCGUCACCGGGGGAAGCAGCGGCAUCGGCGCGGCCACGGCGCUGGAGCUCGCCCGGUGCGGGGCCCGCGUUAUCCUGGCGACCCGCAGCGCCCGGCGGGGAGAGGCCGCCGCCAGCCGCAUCCGCAGGGAGACGGGGAACAACGAGGUGCAGUUCAUGCACCUGGACCUGGCCAGCCUGCGUUCAGUGAGAGCCUUUGCCAGCACCUUCCUGCGCCAGGAGCCCCAGCUGCACAUCCUCAUCAACAACGCGGGGGUGAGCGCCGGGGGCACGACAGAGGAUGGCUUCAGCCUCCCCUUCCAGGUGAACCACCUGGGCCAUUUCCUGCUGACCCAGCUGCUGCUGGAGAGGCUGCGGAGCUGCGCUCCCAGCCGGGUGGUCAUUGUGGCCUCCAGUGCCCACUGUGCCGGCCGCCUGCGCCCCGAGUCCCUGGGCCGGCCGCCCUCGGGGCUGUUCUCCACCUUCCAGGACUACUGUGACAGCAAAUUGGCCAACGUGCUGCACGCCCGCGAGCUGGCCACACGCGAGCAGGGCACACAGGUCACCUGCUACGCCGUGCACCCAGGGUUCGUCAACACUUCGCUGUUCCGGCACGCGCCGCUGUGGCUGAAGCCGCUGCUGCUGCCCCUGGCCUGGCUCCUGUUCCUGGACGCAUCUGAGGCCGCACAGGUGGUGCUGGACUGUGCCACACAGGACGGCCUUGAGCCCCUCAGUGGCCGCUACUUCACAGACUCCGGCCCCCGGCUGCCGUGGCCAGCGGGGCGCGAUGACCGCUUGGCACGGGCGCUCUGGGAGGGCAGCGAGCGCCUGGUGGGGUUGGUGGGGGGACAGCAGGAGGGACAUGGGGAGGGACAUCGGGAGGGCCUUGCUGCUCCCACAGCACAAUAAAGGUGAUGGUGGUGA